CACUACUACCUUAUAGUGACUUAAUUCAUUCCCCUAAUUUCGAAUAUCAUUUGAAACUUUCAGACAAAAUAACUGUUGCUCGAAAUGAUUAUAGAAGCUUCUUUCAUUUUCCAUUAAUGGGACCAAAAAAAUGUGGCCAUAUAAAUGGCAUGAGCUAGGCUUCGUGUCUGCGCACACAACUCUUCCAUUUGCGAUAUGGAGAGAGUUUCUUCCCAUUUUCUCAUCCUUGCACUACUCUUAGCAAUCCAUUAUUUGAUGGAUUAUAGCUCAGCCAAACACGAUAUCAACACCGAUCGUUCUUCACUUCUUGCCUUGAAAUCUCAAAUCACUUUAGAUCCUCAAAAUAUAUUGACCCAAAAUUGGAGCACUGAAGCCAGUGUUUGUAGUUGGAUCGGAGUUACUUGUGAUUCACAUUACAAUAGGGUUACUCAGUUGAAUAUAUCGGACAUGGGUCUUGUGGGAACCCUCCCACCAGAAAUCGGGAAUCUUUCUUCUCUCGUCUCUUUAGAAGCGAACGAGAACUCCUUUCAUGGCUCCAUUCCCCCAUCUAUCUUCAACAUGUCAUUUCUAGAAGUUUUGGAACUAAGGAAUAAUAGUUUGUCUAGUAGUUUACCUCUUGAUAUGUGCAAACACAAUCUGCAUAGACUCAAGAGGCUUCGUUUGUCUUACAACGAGUUGUAUGGGGAAAUACCAUCGAGUUUGGGGCAGUGUUCACAGCUUGAGUAUCUUUCUUUGUUCAACAACAAUUUCACUGGAUUUGUGCCGAGAGAAAUUGGGAACUUGACCAAGCUUCAUGAACUGUUGAACCUUGGUGGAAAUCAGUUGACUGGAGUUAUUCCACAAGAGAUUCAUCAUCUUGAUAAUUUAGGAGUGUUGGACUUGAGUUGGAACAAGUUGUCAGGCACUUUGCCACCAACCAUUUUCAACAUGUCUUCCUUGACAUGGAUUGACUUAUCAAGUAACACACUUAGCGGGGCAUUGGCUUCAGAAAUUGGGAACAUGAAAGCACUACAAUAUUUAUACCUUCAAAACAAUGCUUUAACCGGUACUAUUCCGAAAGAGAUUGGAAAUCUUCAUAAUUUGCUGGACAUGUGGUUGUAUUCCAACAAACUUAGCGGAUCAAUCCCAAGAGAAGUGGGGAACAUGACAGCUCUUUCUGACUUAUGGCUCGACAAUAAUAGAUUAAGUGGUACUAUUCCGAAAGAGAUUGGAAAUCUUCAUAAUUUGCAGGACAUGUGGUUGGAUUCCAACGAACUUAGCGGAUCAAUCCCGAGAGAAGUGGGGAACAUGACAGCUUUGGUCAGCUUAAGCCUAAGCUAUAAUAGUUUAAGGGGUACUAUUCCGAAAGAGAUUGGAAAUCUUCAUAAUUUGCAGGACAUGUGGUUGUAUUCCAACGAACUUAGCGGAUCAAUCCCGAGAGAAGUGGGGAACAUGACAGAUCUAAUCUACUUAAAGCUCAAGAAUAAUAGUUUAAGUGGUACUAUUCCGAAAGAGAUUGGAAAUCUUCAUAGUUUAGCGAUCAUGCAGUUGGGUUCCAACAAACUUAGCGGAUCAAUCCCGAGAGAAGUGGGGAACAUGACCGCUCUUAUCUUCUUACAGCUCGACAAUAAUAGUUUAAGUGGUCAAAUACCAUCUACCAUUGGGAAUCUACCAUUGAUUCUUCUACAACUCUCUUCCAACAAAUUAAUCGGUGAGCUUCCAUUCUCCCUCUGCAACUUGACAUCCCUUCAAGUUCUUCUUCUCUCAAAUAACACUUUGGAAGGAACAAUUCCACAAUGCUUUGGAAACUUGAGCUCUCUGGUCAUCUUUCAUUUAAAUAAAAAUCAGUUUCGUGGUCUCAUUCCAGCAACAUUUAGCAAGGGGUGUAGUCUUGAAUCCAUCAAUUUGAAUGGUAACAAAUUGCAAGGACCAUUACCUAAAUCCUUGAUCAAUUGCGGAAGUCUACAAGGCCUCGAUGUUGGAAACAAUAGAAUACAAGACGAAUUUCCCUUUUGGAUGGAUGGCCUCCCUUGGCUUCGAGUGUUGGUCUUAAGGUCUAACAAGUUUGAUGGGAGCAUGUCACUUCUAUCACAAACCAAGAUUCCAUUUCCUAAUUUACAAGUUUUAGAUAUAUCUCAGAAUAGAUUUGUGGGUUCUCUGCCUCAAAGAUAUUUCAAGAAUUUCAGAUCAAUGAUAGAGGUAAAUGAAACAAACUUGUCAAAUGUCGACAACUUUCAUGUUUAUCUGGAGAUGAGGCUCACCUUGAAAGGGCUGGAUCAAUUAUUAGAGAGAUUGUUGUCAGACUUUACAACAAUUGACUUCUCCUCCAAUAGGUUUUCUGGGAGCAUUCCAGAUUCCAUAGGAAAUCUUAAGAUUCUCAAAUACUUGAAUUUAUCCCACAAUAACCUCAUUGGAAAUAUACCUUCAUCUCUUGCAAAUAUGAGUGAACUUGAAUCCUUGGACUUGUCCGUGAACAAGUUGGAUGGAGAAAUUCCAAGUGAAUUGACAAGGUUGACAUUUCUUUCAACAUUAAACCUUUCAAUGAAUAAUCUUGUUGGAAAAAUACCACAAUCUACUCAAUUUUCCACAUUUGAGAAUAACUCAUAUGAGGGAAAUGUAGGAUUGUGUGGAUUUCCUUUGACAAGAAAAUGCAAUGUGGAGAAUGGGCAGCGGCUGCAGCCAGAAGAAGAAGAAGAGUAUGGAUUUAUAGAUGGAUUUGGAUGGAGAAGUGUGGUGAUGGGAUAUGGAAGUGGAUUCAUAGUUGGGAUUGGAAUUGGUUACAUCAUUAUUAGAAAUGGAAGGUCAAGAUGGUUAGUGGAAUUCUUUUUCGGCAUUGGAUAUAAUAAUAAUAAGAAGAAGAAGAGACGCAGCAGAGCUACACCAACACCAACACGCAGGAGAACUUAAUUGAAGGAUUAUGCUCGAAUUGUGUUUUCUUUUUCUUAUCUCCUUUUUAAAGGCUACUUUAGUGUGUUUGUGCUUGAUUUCAACUUUAGAGUUUAUGAAAUAUUGUUGUUUGUUCG